AGAAAAAGAAGACACCGAUUGUACAGGUAUUUGAUAUGCUUCAGUAUUAAUACAGGUUGAGCAAUUUAACCGAGAUGGCUGAUGUCAGACAGCAGCUACUUUCCCUCGAGCAGAAAUAUAAACGUUUCAAACAACAACAGUUUAUAUUUAUAAAUGCUCUGGAGCGCUCAAGAGAACAUGCAAGGGACAGAACAGAGCCUGUCUCCACCAUAAAACAGGUCCAAAAGUACAUGAAUCACCAUUGCAGCAAUUCAACUGACAGGAGCAUCUUUUUACUCUUUCUGGAAAUUAUUUCUGAUCUUGAAGGUGUUUUAAAACAACUGGAGUCCUCAGUGUCCAGCAGAAACACUUCAUGUGAGGGAUUGGAGACCUGCAAAGAGCUCCUGAACCCCAGCAGCAACAUCAGUCAGCAAAGGGCACACUAUCCACACAAUGUGAUCAACCGGCUGAGCUGUGAUGAAGCAAGAAAUUUCUAUGGUGGGAUUGUGAGCAUUAUUCCACUGACUUUGGACCUUCUCGCUGCCUACAUCAGAGGAAGUGCAAAACGUCUAAGUUCAGCAUCUACAGUAACACCUAAUCAAACGUUGACAAAGAAUGUUGGAACCGGGAUCGAUGCUAGCCUUGAAAAAGACACCAGUAAGCACCAGAGAAGUAAGUCCUCAGAGAAGAAAAAAGGAUCUGGUGGUUGGCAUGCAGGAAAACCAGCCUGGAAGCCACCCGGAAACACAAGGAGAUAAAAAAAAACUGAUAUUUACAGAUGUUUUGUUCUUAGUUCUCACACCAAGUAUUAUAAAAUUCACAAUAGGCUAUAUGCACAGCUAGUGUUGUAGGCAUAGGCCGGUAUAAGAUUCUGACGGUAUUAUAACCUUGGGUAUAAAUAUCACAGUUUCACGGUAUUAAGAUUACUGCUCUUAAAUCUAUUUUUUUUUACAUGUCUGGGUAAAAAAAACAUAACCUUUUUAACUUUUGUACACAAUAUAUUUUAACUUAAGAAACAUUUUUAAAUAUUUUGGAACAGUAAACAUGUUAGGCUAAUUCAAAUGAUUUAUUGACUUCUGCUGUUUUCAUUAGUUUCAAAAACAGAUUUUGUUUUCUUUUCUGCAUGAGAUUCUGCGGUUCUUAAAAAAAAAAAAAAAAAAAAAAAAA